AUGUCUCUCGAUCAAAGCAAAUAUCCUGAAAAUAAUCCAUUUUCACUUAAACAAAAUAAUACAAAUUAUAAGUAUCACAUUAUUAAUGAAAAAUUUUAUCCACCCAAAAAUAAAGUAUGGUAUACUUUAGCAUCUUCUUAUAACAAAACUCAAUAUAAAGCUCUGGAUAGUUAUCUAGUUCGGACCAGUUGGGGAAGGAACAAGUCACACCAUACAGUAGAAUGUGAAAUAGAAUAUGAACAAGAUGGACCAGUUUUUAUAAUAAGAUUUGAAGAAAAUUCUCAACAAUAUGUAUUAAAUUCAAAGAAAUCUCCAACUGCAAUUGCUAAUAAUUAUCUAAAAGUCAGUGAAGUUUUUGAUAAUCAGGUUUCAAAAUUUUUUAACUUACUUGACCAACUAGUCCUACAAGAAGUUAAAUUCAAUGUUCAAGAUAAAAAUUUUGUAAUUGACUAUAAUGAUGAUUACAAAGAAAAUAGCGAUAAUAAUAGAUUCCUUGUCCUAUUUUUGAAAGUUAUUGAACAGGGUCCGAUAUCUUAUCAUGCUUAUCAAAUAAGCAUCAAAAUAUCUAUUUUUACUCUAAAUAUUGAAAAUAUGGCUCUUGAAACUUCUAAUAUUGAUGUUGAUAUAGAUAAUAGUGAUCAAGAGAUCGAAGAGGAAGUUUUAAAAUAUAUCAAUAUUGGAAAUAAAGACAAAACAUAUAAAAUUGAGAAAACUAUAGAUUCAUUGAAAUCAGAUUCACUACCACCAGGUCACCUCAAAACUUCUCUCCUUCCCAUGAUCUGUUUGGACCAGUAUGUGCCUGAUGAGUUGCAUAUUAUGUUGAGAAUAUGGGAUUGUCUCUGGGAGUUGGUAAUUCAAGAAAUCAAGUCAGAAAAUAGAUAUGAUAACUACAUAAGAAUGAUAAUUAGUUUAGAAAUAAAAAGGAUUUCUGUCACGUUUUAA